CUCCCCACACGUCUACGUCACGCCACACUAGUGUGGUUUCUGCUGUCAGUCAGUUCUGUGAGCAGUCCGGGGAAGAUUUCAAAGUUUGCUUCGAUACUUUGUCAACGAUUUGUAGCUCUUUCUAUUAGACCGAAAUACAACCCGAAUAGAAUACAUACAAAAGGAAGUGUGAUAUUAUCUCUUUCUUAAUAUGUUUGUAUAUCUUAAAGCGCGACAUUAGCGCGCUAGCUUAGCUUAGCUAGCAGAAGGCUACCAUGUAAGAAUACAAAAAUCGGAUAUUGUGGACUGAGGCGAUGUGACUGUCAAGCAGAAGAUGAAAAAAUAUCUUAAACUGCAUAUUCUCUGGUCAUGCGACCUCUGCGUGUACACGGUCGCUGUUUGGAAAUAGAAAACGAAAGUUGGUCCCUCAGCCUUCGUCCUGGGAGCCUUAAACCAGAGAACAGCAGGGGUCUCCCCAGCGGAUCAUCCGUCUCCAUACCCCCUGUCCUUCACAUCUGCCUCUUUCAACCCAUCUACCUGCAUGUCUUCCCUCACCAGAUGCAUAAACCUCCUCUUUGGUCUUCCUCUUUUCCUACUUCCUGGCGUCUCCACCCUCAGCAUUCUUCUACCGAUAAACCCCAUGUCCCACCUAGACAGACAAAAGAACAGAGUAGCCAUCAAAGCUGUAUGAUGAAGUGAUGCCAAAUUUAGCUGGCAGGCUGACGAAGAGCCAUGGAAGGAGUCGAGCGAGAAGCUUCUGUAGGGAAGAGUGGCAAUGUGGCAGAGUUGACAGUCAUGCAGAAUGUUGUAGCUUUGGAUGGGCUUUCUGAAGAUGAAAGGUCAUCGCAGCCUGACUUUCCUCACAUUUCUGAGGACACAGACUGGUUAAUGGUUCAGGAAAGAGAAUCAACCUCUCCUGAGCUGCAGGAGCUCGCCUCUGCCUCUGUCGAGGAAGGGGAAAGUAAAGAGAUUGUGGACAAUACAUGUGUCCAGAAUGGGGAGAAAGCUGAAAAGGAUAAACCACAGAAAAACAGCAUCACUACUGUAACAACCAGCACGUGUCCAGAGCUGCUGGAGAGCUCCACUCUCUCGUUGUCUGAUCAUUUAAAGUUGGGCAGGGAUGAGCCAGAAUGUACAGGACUGAAUGUGGAGUGCAAGAUAUGUGGGGACAAAGCUUCAGGGUUCCACUACGGUGUUCAUGCCUGUGAAGGUUGCAAGGGAUUUUUCAGACGCACCAUUCGAAUGAAGCUAGAAUAUGAUCGCUGUGAACGGACCUGUCGCAUCCAAAAGAAAAGUCGCAAUAAAUGCCAGUAUUGCCGCUUCCAGAAGUGUCUGGCUCUCGGCAUGUCCCAUGAUGCCAUUCGUUAUGGCCGUAUGCCAGAGGCAGAAAAGAAGAAGCUGGUGGCAGGACUGCUAGCAGGAGAGAAGAGUCUACUGAACCCUGGAGGCUCCGAUCUCAAAACUUUGGCAAAGCACGUCAACUCGGCCUACCAGAAAAACCUCAAUAUGACCAAGAAGAAGGCACGAAGCAUCCUCACCGGAAAGACCAACUGCACACCGCCCUUUGUGAUUCAUGACAUGGACUCAUUGUGGCAAGCAGAGAAUGGUUUAGUCUGGAACCAGCUGAAUGGUGCCCCCCUAAACAAAGAAAUUGGAGUGCAUGUCUUCUAUCGCUGCCAGUGCACCACAGUGGAGACAGUUCGAGAGCUCACAGAGUUUGCCAAAAAUAUCCCUGGCUUUGUAGAGCUCUUCCUUAAUGAUCAGGUAACUUUGUUAAAGUAUGGUGUCCAUGAGGCUAUUUUUGCAAUGCUACCAUCACUCAUGAAUAAAGAUGGACUCCUGGUAGCCAAUGGAAAGGGCUUUGUGACGAGAGAGUUUCUGCGUAGCCUGCGCAAACCCUUCAAUGAAAUUAUGGAACCCAAGUUCGAAUUUGCUGUGAAGUUCAAUGCCCUGGAGCUAGAUGAUAGUGACCUGGCUCUGUUUGUUGCAGCAAUCAUACUCUGUGGAGAUCGCCCUGGACUUAUGAAUGUGAAGCAGGUUGAGCAGAUUCAGGAUAGCAUCCUCCAAGCUCUGAACCAGCAUCUCCAGGCUCACCAUCCAGAGUCAGUCUGCCUCUUUCCCAAACUGCUGCAGAAGAUGGCUGACCUGAGGCAGUUGGUCACAGAGAAUGCUCAGCUGGUCCAGAUGAUUAAGAAGACUGAAUCGGAGACCUCGCUCCAUCCGCUUCUACAGGAAAUUUAUAAAGACAUGUAUUAAAUCUUAUGACUUAGGACUUUCAAACAUCAGACUUAAGUGACGUGUUGCACAGAAGCAUCUACGGUGCUGCAGAUACCAUAGAAUUUUUAUAUUGGCAAAUAAUAGCGUUUUACAAAUACUGUGUUUGAAAACUGACUUUUUCUUCGGGCAGGGCUUUUUUCCUCAAAAGAACAAAAAACAAAACGUGAUUUUUGUGAAGGUCAACCUCUGUUUCCAGAACAUUUAUAUCACCCAGAAUAUAAAAGUAUUUUCAUAAGAUGUGUGUUAUAUGUAUAUCCUUUUUCCAGUCGUUUUCAAUUAAAUAGACUUUAAAUGAAAAUAUUUAAGGGUUAGUACUAAUUGUCAUUUUACAUAUUUCAAGGCUGCUGCUCAUAACUAAAUCCAGAAACUACAGGACAUUUUAAUUUUGUUUACUGAUGAAUUGAUUUAUUGAUUAACAUUUAUUGAUAAAAGCCAGACGUAUCUAACUCUGUCCAAUACUGUAGCCUAAGGAAGUGAUCAGAAAUGCGGGGAAACGGUUUCACUUGGUAAAUUACUCAGGUGUUGAGUAACUGCUUGUCGUUAUUUUCUCCUACAGUUACUUGCUUUACAUUUGCCGAAUGAAUUUCAUAGCCAUGAACUUGAAUUCCACGUCAAUCUGAUAUGCAUAUGGAACAUAAAAACUUAAUUUCUCCAGUACUAUGUACUGUUUCACCUUUGUGUAUAGAUAUACUUUAUGUACUUUUUUUUUUUUCUUGAUUCAAUUGGUUUCUUACAGGUACAGAAUUCAGUUGGUUUUGCAAAGUUUUUUUGUACUUUGAAACUAAAUAUUGAUUUUUUUUUUUUUUUCUCCCUUUCAUUUGUAGUGCAAAGAUUUGUGCAACAGUACUGAAGUUUCUAAUUAACUAUUUAGAAAGACCCGUUGCACACGGUCACUUAGAAUAACACCAUAUCACAAAAAGUCAAUAUUUAGUUUCUGGUGCCCAGUAGGAGAAUUCUGAUGCAGGUGAUGGACAAAUACAAAGCAGACAAUUCUGAAUGAUUUUUUUUUUUUUAUUAAUUGAGAGAGAGCUCACAGUGUAAUUCUAGGUGGGAGUAAAAUAAAAUGUGUUUAUUCAUUUAUCUAGUUACCCUAACAUACACAUAUAUGAGUUAGUCUUUUAACAAAUCCUAAUCAUAUCAUGUGUCUUUUGUAUUGGCCCCUACAUAGUAUCACUUAAUUUGUUUAAAACAUUUUAGACAUUAACCCCAUUGAUAUGAAACUGGCUGAACAUUAUAACUGAUUUUAUGUUUAGAAUAUUUAAUCUUUUUUUCCCUUAGAUUUUAACUAUGUCCUGUUUGUAGACAUUUGAGUUUUGACUGUGUGAUUAAAAUUAUUACACUUGCUGCUGUACAAGCUGAAGAGCACAAUAUAAAUGACCUGUAUAAACUAUGGGAUGUUUAUCUGGUUAUGUGGAUUCGUUCUUCAAUAUCUAUGCUGAAUGCACUUGCAUUUUCCACUUCACUUUUCCCUACUACACAGGACACUUUUUUGUGAUGAUGCAGACCUUCUGGUUUUUGUGUGGCAUUAAUUUACCAAAUCAACACUAAAUUAAAGCCCAGUAUCUUAA